AUGUUAGCACCAACAGCUCGGUUUUCCCCGAGACUUGCCUCUAGGUCAAUAUUUUUUCGCUCAGUCUCCAGUCUGUCGUCGAACCCACGCAUUAAAGUUUUCCCUGCCGACGCAUCGCGAGCUUCUUUUCUCCUGUCAUAUCUCGAAGAUGAUCCACCCAACCAGAGGCUAGCCAUUGGUUUCUCCACGACAGAUCCCCCGUCGCCGCGCUCCUUUACUGAGAACCAGACGUUCACCAAGAUCCUUUAUGAAGUUCUCUCCGAAAACGCGCACAAAGACAAAGACCUCCUAGCCCAAGCCCAAGCUUUUGCUAGUCCUGGGGGAGCCACCCUCGGCUCCGGAGGCGCGUUUUUCUCUCAAAAGAACAAGCAGCGUUCUUCAAGCAAAGUCGGCGGUGGCGGCGGCGCUGGAGGAAGCGGCGCCGGUGGUGCCAGUGCCCAGGGGGGCGCCGGCGGAGGUGGACACGGUGGUUACGUGCACCUCAGCGACUCGAGGAACCCCCCGGACUUUGGUCGAAUCGCAUGGCCCGAGGAUAUCAUGGGCAGCGUUGAGGUUGACCAGAGUGGUAAUAUCAUUGGGCAGCUCGAGCCUAGCGGGACGUAUCGGAUCAUCACCAACGAGGGAAUUCUCGGACUUAGCCCCUUCCUCGAGGAGAAGCUCAUCGCGAGGCUCCGUGCGGAAAACAAGAAGGACAAGUCGUAG